UUUGGCCACAUACUCUGUUAGCUAAACUUCUAAUUAAGUGGCUCUCCCGACUGACAGAAUGAUCGUUGUAAUAAAAAUCUAAUGUUUUUUUAGAAGUAAAAGAUGUUCAUGUAUGCUUUCUACACUUUUUUCUCCUUUGAUCAAUGGGUAACGUAAUUUGGAUCCAUACAACAGUUAAUUUUAAGAAAUAGAAUUUAUAUCUAAAAAAUUUAGUGAAAAAGGAUAGAAUGACAAUAGAAUUAGAGAACUUUAGCAUCCUGUUGUGCAAAAACUGUAUUUUGAGGUGUUUUCAAGGAAAAAUGUUUGCCUUUGAGCAUCGUUUGCAUACAACAAACUAGGAAUGUAUUCGUUUACAUAGCAUCUAUGUCAGAAAAAAAGUGUUUCAAAAUGAAAGUACUAAAUAUCGAUUGAAAACCCAAUGAAAUACUUUCAUGUUAUAUGUAUUUCAAUAGCCUUUUUCUUAGUUAGUUUCCAUAUUGUAAUUGAACUUUUCCAAGUUCCAUCAAAAAGUAGAGAUUGAUCAAAAGUCAGAUGAUAGAUUGAAGGAAUUCCGAGAAUAUAUUCUAGAUAGAUAACGAAUGGUCAAUAAGUAUUUAUUGGUAAAAACUAAAAUGACUUAGUGUUGAUGAUAUUUCCAUUUCUGUUAGUUAAAUAUAAAAUUAUUUUUGUCCCAAUGGGUCAUAUUUGCAUUUGAGUUAUAAUUACAAAUAAUUUUAUUUGAUUCAAUGAUAAACCUGAAACCAAAAUGAAACUAUUUAUCUUUUUUCCUUUGUCUAUAUUCAUCUUUUAAAUUAAUUCAGGAAACUGGCUCACGAUUAAAUGAAGUGGAUUCUCAGAAUAUCCAUCACCAAGCGUCGAACAGAAAUAAAAAGAAACACUAUUUUAAACACAUUCGUCGCCAAUAUUCACCUAUCUGUCUAUUUUUAUCUCUACUUGCUCUUCUUCUUCUGGGCGGGGGCAUUGCUGCAAUGCUUGUUGCCUUGAUCGGCAUCCCUAAAACGGCAAUAACAACAACAACAACAGUGGCGACAACAACUGCAACAACAGUAACGACGGCAACAACAACGUCAACCUCCACGUCAACAACAACGUCAACCUCCGUGACAACAACAAGUUCAACAAACGUCGGUGUUCUCUUCAACAAUGGCAAUGGUACGUUUGCUGCUCAAGUGACUUAUUCAACUGGCAGUUGGCCGUAUUCGGUGGCAGCAGCCGAUGUCAAUGGAGACAGCAAAGUUGAUAUUCUUGUCGCAAACGCCGGUCCAGACAACAUCGGAGUUUACCUCAACAAAGGCAAUGGCACGUUUGCUGCUCAAGUGACUUAUUCAACUAGCACUGAGCCGCGGUCUGUGACAGCAGCCGAUGUCAAUGGAGACAGCAAACUCGAUAUUAUUGUCGCCAAUCAUUGGUCGUACAACGUCGGUGUUCUCCUCAACAAUGGCAACGGCACGUUUGCUGCUCAAGUGACUUAUUCAACUGGCACUAACCCGUGGUCUGUGGUAGCAGCCGAUGUUAAUGGAGACAGCAAACUCGAUAUUCUUGUCGCAAACUCCGGUCCACGCAAUGUCGGUGUUCUCCUUAACAAUGGUAAUGGCACAUUUGCUGCUCAAGUGACUUAUUCAACUGGCACUGACCCAUAUUCGGUGGCAGCAGUCGAUGUCAAUGGAGACAGCAAACUCGAUAUUAUUGUCGCAAAUUCAGGUUCAAACAAUGUCGGUGUUCUCUUAUCUGCCUGCAACUGA